UCCUCCGUGGAACAGACAGUUCGAGACGAGGACUUCGCUCAGUCAGGCUGCAAGCGCGCGGCGAGAGACGUAGCGCCUGCAGGUUCGUCUACCCUGCACACCGCGCAACACGCGCCAAAGCGAACAUCACGAUCCCGCGGAUACUGACAGCAACAGUGCCAGAGUGUUCUGACGCGUGUGUUUCAACGCAACGCAGAAGCAAAGUGUUGCAUGCAAGUGAGAAACAAACGCGCAAGUUUUCCAAGCAGUGUUCACUGCAAAUUUAUAGUGAUUUCGACAUAUGACGUAAAAUAAAUACACCAAAUGUAAUAACUGAAUAAAUUACUUGGGGGUUGUGUGCAAAUGUGUUUAUAUAGUGUGUCACUGGCGUCUUUCAUCGACUAUAAAGCUACAGAAAAAUAAAGUCACAUUUGAAAAAACAAGGUCACUGAGAACAGCUGUCUUUCAGAGUAGCCCAUAAUUACAUACAAUGAAACACAGCAUUAACAGGAGAAUUCUACACUAACUUUGCACAAAGAAUCUGCAGUUUUCUUGAUAAUAACUCGAAGAGUCAACGUCAGCUGCGUAUAACAGUCAUAACUCCUACUGCAAAUCAUUAGCCAAGUUUAAAUGUUGUACUGUUCAGGCGUGAAAUGCUAACAAAGUCUAAUUAUGAGUUAAUUUUUGUAAACCAACCAAUAAAGAACAAUUACAGCAGCUGAAAGGAAUUCAGCAAUCGGAUAUAAAUAUAGUCUUGAGUUUUAAAGAACUGUAAGUGAAGAUUAAUUAAUGAUAUAGAUCUAUAUCAGAUUCCUUAACCGAUUUAGAGAAGAUUCAAAGAGUGAUGGGAUAAUCCGGAAGAUAUCAAAACCGUUUGUUCCAUCUGAAAGUAAGACGAUGAUACAUUUAAUACAGCUUUCAAUAAAUAUCAUAAGUCUAUAAAAAACGUAUUUUACAUCUGGAUGCUUAAUGAAGUUGAUUAGAAAUAUUUACCUAAGAGAGAAAUCGAAGUUAAAUGGAAGAUAUCGGAAUAACAGUUUCAUCACACGACUUUCAAAAACCAAGCGAAGUAAAAGUAUGUUUCACGAUUCUCUUGGAUUGGAGAUUGUUGACAUGAAUAUAUAACUUUGACGGAACGUCCCCUAAAUAUACGAAGAGGAUUUUGCUGCUUCUGAGGGCAGGAGAAAAAUAAUUACCCUGCGCUACGUAAUUUGGACAAUAGUUCAGUGUUCAGGAAGAAUUUUUUUACUCUGAAGACUGCCAUAAGAUGUGUCGAAACUAAUGUUUGAAAUAUGUCAAGAAUACUUGCCUUUCCCGAGACUGUUAGAAGAUUAGUGGUGUAGACCAAGUGAUCUGAUUGUCGUCAGGUGUCCGCGUGGCUUGGAGCGAAUCCCGCCCAAUGCAUUUGCCGGGUCUUGUGACACCGGUGUCAACUGCAGCUUGCGCCGAAGGGGACGACGGCUUCCUGAGUUGCAAGAAGCGAUUGCGGACAAUGGCUGAGAGCGCCCCCGACUGUAACAGCGAUGCCGGGGGCGGUGGCGGGGGCAGCAACCCUGCCGGCGGUACUGAAGAACUCUGGUGGACAGAGCGAGUCCUCAGGGAAGUCCAGGCGGAACACCCGGGAGAACUUGUCCGUACUGGCAGUCCCUACUUACUUUGCUCAUCUCUGCCAAACCAUUGGCGAUCCAACAAGACCUUGCCCGUCGCCUUCAAAGUUGUGGCUCUCGGGGACGUGCUGGAUGGCACCCUGGUCACUGUUCGGGCGGGGAACGACGAGAAUUACUGCGCGGAACUUCGCAACUGCACGGCGGUCAUGAAGAACCAGGUGGCCAAGUUUAAUGACCUCAGGUUCGUCGGCAGGAGUGGCAGAGGGAAGAGUUUCAGCAUCACAAUCACCGUGAACACGUCUCCUCCACAAGUCGCUACGUACAGCAAGGCGAUCAAGGUGACGGUGGACGGGCCCCGUGAACCGCGCUCCAAGACACCUGGUCAACAGCAGCAAUUUCGCGCACUUGCUCUGGGCCAGCGCCCGUUUCUGGAUUCGCCGUUCACUAACCAUCUGCGUGAGCUCGAGUCCUACCACCAACACCACCAACGACGCAAGAGUGAGACGGCGUCAUCCGGGAGCGGGUUCAAAGUACCGGGCGCCGCCACAACCCCCGUCCAAGAUCCGAGCGCGGGAGUCGGAUGCUCGGAAUCUCCCUGGGGAAGCUACGCUUCUGCUGGACCAGCGCCCUACCCUUCAUACUCACCCCUACAGCCGUCGUUCCCCUAUUCCUGUAGCAGUGACCUGACCGGGUCAGUACCCGCCCCGACUUCAACACUAGACCCCACUUCAAUGGGGCAUCUGCCCACCGUGCUUUCGGAGCAAUCGAGUGGGGGUGUUGGUAGCAGUGACUACAACGUGAUGUUCUCGACGCCGCCACCCCACAAAUUAUCGCCACCGGGGCCAGAUCUGGACAACAUGUCUUGCAAUAGCAGCAGCCUUUUGGGGGCCAGCGGGGCUUCAGGGGGUGGCCACCGAUAUCCGGCCUGCCCCGAACCCACUAACACAGCGACAUCUGUAUAUAACACCACGCCUGGAGGUAAGUUUACAGAUCACUCGAAAACUUUGUUUGGAAGGGUCUUGAUCCGAGCGCGGGAGUCGGAUGCUCGGAAUCUCCCUGGGGAAGCUACGCUUCUGCUGGACCAGCGCCCUACCCUUCAUACUCACCCCUACAGCCGUCGUUCCCCUAUUCCUGUAGCAGUGACCUGA